UGCAUAUAUAAAAAGUGGAGCCAUACGAAUUUUGGUUGUCAGUUAAUGUCCAUCAAUCGAGUCAAUCUCAGCACAGCCAUGAGAAGCGCGUCGCUUAAGUUCUAUCUGCUAUGUCUGCUAGUUAUCUGCGUGAUCGGUUGGAGUGCUGGAGUACCACUUUCACGGAAGGAACUCGAGGAGCGGUAUCGAACAAAGCCGCCGGUGUAUGAUGAACGAGAUGCGGAUGCAGAAUUGGAUAAUGCCUACGAACGGUUACCGAAAAGACCUUGAAGUCCAAAUCUGAAAAGGCUAGGGCCACAAUUGAUUUGUGUUUCUAUUUGGAGUGUCACUUUGUAUGUCGUAUUCAGGGUUAUGGCUAUGUAGUUCUAAGCUUAGGCAAAAUGUACAAGCGUAAAAUAAAGCAAUUACUU